AUGACUGAGAAUACGAGCCGGGAUCCCGAUGUCCCCCUUUCGCAGCCAUCAGGACUUCAGGCCCCAGCGCUGUCUACUUCCGGAGCUCCCAGAAGCAACCACGCAAACCAUCCUCGUACUGCAAGUCCCACUCGAUCAGCCGACUCGCAAAAGCCUCAGCCAGAUACUACUUCGGAUAGAGCGACUGCAGCGUUUAUUCGACGGACCCUAUGCUCUCACAACGUGCUGCUAAACAACGGUGAGAAAGGACGCAGUACCCCGCGGCCAAUCGAGGACGUUCUACCGCCUUUGACGAGCUCAAAUGAAGUCGACCUCCAGCUAUACGGCAUCAUUUCGGUGAUCAUCAAGGAGUUUGUACAGACGUGGUACUCGAAGAUCACUCCAGACCAAGUCUUUGUCAAUGAGGUGAUCCAAAUCAUCGCUCAUUGCACCCGAGGCCUUGAGCAGCGGUUACGACAAGUCGAUUUGGAAGCACUGUUACUAGACGAGAUUCCCGAGUUACUCCAAGCCCACCUGCGCUCUUUUCGCAUUGCGAAGCAUCAAGCCGCCUCUUUGGGUUCGCUAAUAGCAGAUCCUCGUACGAUUUAUCAUACGCUUCAUCCGCACCCUGCACUGUCUCCUGUCCCCACCGAAAGCGUGCCGGCAUCAAUCCUUGAACAGCGGGAGAGCGAAUCUGCAUGGCGUCAACUGCUUGUGCACGGCGUUUUGGCACUGCUCCUGCCCACUGAAGAUCUCGAAAAUGGGUGUCUUCGUGCGCUAGUUGCCGAGAUCUUCGCCGAAAUGAUACUCGGAAGCGGCAUUAGCGGAAAGGCGUGUGAGGGCUGGGUGCUUUGGGAGGGUAUCACGAGCAUAGCUGAAGUGUUACAGACGGAUGAUGGGAAAAAGAAGGACUCCCAAUCAGACGAGGUGAACGGAGAGCAGUCGUUGACCCGUCUCGAGCGCUACGGGCUUUUGCCGCACCAAGGGGCGGAGGCUAGAUCGAAAGAGCAGCUGGACGGUGAAGAGCAGAGUCAUAAGCAGGCGAGGUCAGACAUGAGUGGGCUCUUCUGGACGGUGGUGCAGUAUGCAUUCAUGGCGUUUACUGCGGCGCGCGCGGCGAUGCUGUGUCUUGCAACAUGCUCGUCCCUCCCGUCGAGGUUUGCCACAAGCGAGCAGUCAUCGGACCAAGGCUCGGGCCAAUUGGAAAUGGCGCAAACGGAGACGGCGAGCUCGAAGCGCCCAGCGGGAGCCAAACGGGCUGUAGUAAGCAUGGCUCUGUGGAGCUGUGCAGCGCAGAUUGUUGAGCUGGACAUGCGCAUGCCUUGGCUGGCGGGCUUCAUGUCGAUGGCCCAUCGCGGAGCCGUGGCCGGGCCAGGCAGGGUGGGCGAGACGGACGGCGCAUUGGACAGAUUCCUCUCCCAUACUAUACACACACGCAUUCUCAACCCCGCUUUCCUCCCAGUGGCGCUUCGCACGCUGCGUGCAACUCUUUUCCCAAACAACGCGCCCGGGCCCCCACGCCAGGUUCCAGCAGACGACGAGGUCAAGGCCAUCAAGCACUGCUGUGCCACGACACUCCUGAAUCUAGUCCCUCCCAAGGUGGCAUCGGCCUUCUUCGCGACCUACCAGCGCGAAGCCCAGAUUCAACAAAUCGAAGACACUCUAGGCUGUCUGGAUGACACGUACCUCAACAAGCAUCUGAUUUUCCAAAUUGUGGAAUUGAUUGUCCUGCGCCUCUUCCCCGAAUUGGGCGAACAGAGCGUAAAGGAUCUUCUGGAAGAGCGUAUCAGCUGAUACGGCCUUGAUACAGUGACGAAACUACGCCCCGGUGCUGAGUACAGUACAUCGGUGCUCGUCUUCCUACCAAGUCUCACCGCUAGGUGCGCGAACUGCUGGGCACGGCCCGUUGCGCACUUAUCACUGCUUGCACCGUGUUCAGAUGAUCAGAAAUCGGGUUCUACUGGGUUCCUGGCCGCAUACAUGCUUCCUCCACGCACAGGGUGUGGCUACAGGGCAGCGGCAAUAGCGACAAAAUUGCAGCUACACAAUGUACUGUCAUGUAUGACCAACUCAUCGCGCAUCCCAUGGUGAGAUGUGGUAGGAAAGGUACACCGCUGAUCCUGGUAAGAGGGGGGCUGGCCAAUGAAAAAAUUCACCUGGGAAAAUUGUUGAGGCACAUGGCGUCCAGACU